AUGUCCCGAGUAAAACGCGGGACCCACCGGCGGGAUCGCCGCCGGCGGGUUCUCAAACUGACCCGAGGCUACCGCGGGAUGCGCGGCAAGCUCUAUCGGCACGCGAUGCAGGCCCUGGAUCGCGCCCUGUCGUACGCCUACCGCGACCGGCGCACCCGCAAGCGUGAUUUUCGCCGCCUCUGGAUAACGCGCAUCAGCGCGGCAUCGCGCGAGCGCGGGCUUCCGUACGCCCAGUUCGCCCACGGGCUGAACCUGGCGCAGGUGGGGGUCAACCGGAAACAACUGGCGGAGCUGGCCGUGCACGACCCGGGGGCCUUCGAAUGCCUGGUGGACCGGGCUCGGGGCGCCCUACAGGCUGGGGCGAGCCCCGGGUAG